AGCAAAUCUUCAGGUCUUCAUCUGAAUAAUGCAACUCGUGCUUUUAAAGACACUUUUUACCUUUUAGGAACAUUCCAGCUUGUUUGCCACCAAACUGACACCUAACAGUGGUCUUUCUUCGUAGUAAAAGGUCAACAUCGCGAGGACAAUGAACGACAAAAAAGUUUCACUGUUUGCAGCCUUCAAGGCUCUCAUCGUCCGACUCAUCUACGCUGCUAACGGCAUUAUACUCACAUUUUUCGUUCACGACAUCAUCAAGGAGGGCAGGAUCUUCAUCCUGAACGCUCUACUCAUACCAUCAGCCAUCGAAGUUGUCGUCACUCUGAAGUACAAGAGGAGGGGAGAAUGGACAUGGUUCAUACCAAGUGUUUUCAUUUACCUCCUAUGGGUUGUCCCCUGUAUCAUCAUACUGGAGAUCUACGCCCUCAACUUCAGAAGUCACGUUGUGGAUGCCAUGCAGAUGACCACCACCUGUCCUGUUGUAUUCUAUGAUGAGUGUCGUUCAGCCGUUGUGGAGGCGAUAGAGGAAGAGGCUGAUAUGCACUAUGACAGCCUCCUCGGAGUCAACAUCACUGACCAUGUGCUCGAUCCGGCAACACAUGAUUUGAGUCGGCGCUAUUCCUCCAUCUUCCAGCAAAUCAUGAUGUUAGUCAUCAUCUUCGGUCGCUGGAUGGCACCCAAAGGCAAGCUAUCACGUGAUCAGUUCUCCAGUCUGCUAUUGGCUCUGACAGCAAUGUCUCUGGAUAUGCUUGAAUUUGCAACGGACAGUCUGAGUAUCGAGACUGUGGCGUGUGAUAAAAUCUACGUUGGAUUCAUCAUCGCUGUCUGGUGCUGGAGCCUCCUACAGAUUCCUCUGGGGUUAACGGCGGUGAAGCAGCGAAAACCUCGCGUCGCCGGUCCAAUCGAAUCAAGUGACUCUUCCGACCAUUCAACCGGAGUCCAAGGUAGCAAACCUAAUGGCUUCAGCUGUAAAGAUUCCUGCUGCUGCUGUUGCGAAAGCGAGAUAUGGUCUCUGAUGGUCAGUAUCUUCAUGCAGGAUGGCCCGUACUUGAUCCUCCGCCUGUACAUAAUGUUCUCGACAGGAUACGUAGGGGAGACACUCAUCUUCUUCGCCGCGAAAAACGGACUAAUUGUCGCGCUGCAGUCGUACCGCGUCAGUGUGAAGGUGCGCCAACUUUUCCGUAAGAGACGCAAAGGCCUCUCUGUAAAGCGCCAUUCGACUCUGCCGGCCGGGCAUUCACAUCCGGUUGUCAAUGGAAAAAGUCUUCAGAAUGGAGGCUUCACGGGCGAAGGGGAAACCAACGCCGAAAGCGUCGUGGUUACUAUCUCACAAGCAGGAAGUGAUAACACUGACGAUGGCGCCACAGACCAAGGCGAGGACGCUUUCCGGGUUGAAGAAGAAACCAGAAGCAGUGAGGUUCCCCAAGGACAAAAGGGAACUCAGUCUGGUGUUUCAGCAGUAUCUGGAUUCCAAGAAGUGGUCCUUGAAAUUUGUGAAGAGGAAGAAUCAUUGCAAAAUGAUGAACUUUGAAAGGAGAGCUCAAUCUGCUUUAUCGGCAGAUCAUGUCUGUGAUAUUGAAAUUGAUAUCAACGUUGAUAUUUUACUAAUUGAGAGCGUUGUAAUGACUAUGUUUUAUAUAUUAUAUACGGGUUCAAUCGGCUUUAAGUUUUGAUGGUGCUAAGUGUAUCCACGUGUGUGCUAAUUGUACACAGUAAAACGCUGUUUAAGAUUUUAUACAACGCUGUUUACUAUAUGAACCAUACAAUACUUGUUUAACAAUUUAAAUAAUAAUGUUUAAUUUAUUGAAGAUUAGAUAUUGAAAAAUUAAACUUUGUUGUUUAAACUGUUUAAACAAUUACUGUAAGGUUCACAUAGUAAACAGCGUUGUAUAACAAAUUAAACAGCGUUUUUACUAUGUAUGCAGUGACGAGAACCGCUCUUGGAUGUUUUUAAACACAUUUCCACUUUUAAAUUUUAUGAUUUUACUGUUUUAGAGGAAAAUAAAUUGUCUUUUAAAAAAAUCUAUACCCGGCUAAUAGGUAACUUCAUUUUGUAAAAGCAUUAUAUGAAACAAGUUUUGGAAUAAACUCAGUAGGAAUGUUUCUAUUUAUCUACAAGAUACUGUUUUGGGGUGAGUCAUUAUGCAUAAUUUACUUUAGUCGCAUAUCGUAUGAUUCUCCACCGUUAUCUCCCUCGGUUACUUUUCAUAGUAUUUCUCCUCUGGAAUUUUAUUGUACAAAGAUAAGAGCUAGUAUUCAUGGGAAAUAGCCCACAUUUUAUUAGUAAGACAAAUAAUCGUGUACUGUAAAAUUGGCUUCAGAAUUAAUCAUGUGACCUUUAAAAAGUGAAAAUCUACCAUGCAUAAACUUGUUGCAUUAUGCAGUGUUGGAACACUCAUGUAAUAUAAUCUGCUAAAUCUUCUCUUUUUUAUGUAAUUCUGGAAAA